AUGGGGCUGAAGAGCAUCAUAUUUUUGAUUGUGUUAGUGGGGGUGAGAGGGAGCCCCACUUCCAAGACUGCUUCAGCAGACAUGUUGGCCAGUUCCAAAAUUAUGCUUGAGACAGCAAAGGAAACAGGAGAGAAAUCAACAUUACCUGUGGAGGUUGUUGAGGAGGAUGUGAUGGCAACUGGCGAGCUGAACCCCAAUCACUACCCAGCUCAGAGGGCAGCAAAGGUGGUCCAACACUACCUCAACACUCGCUACGGCUCCCCAUACAGAUUGUUCGGACUGCAUCAGGUCCACAGUGGAAACGCAGAGGAUGUGUCAAACUCUGGAAGACGGUAUCAGCUGGAGAUUUCAGUGCACGAAAUCAUCAGCAAUAAAACACAGAAGUGCUCAGCAGAGGUUUUCUUUCCACAAGGAGAAGGGCCACUCUUAGCAGAAGUUCAGGCCUCGCCGUGUGACGAACUGCUUCACAUCGACACAAAACUUCAGGAGGAGGCCUUAUAUCAGCAGUACAGGAAUAAUCAAAGCCUGCUUUCGGCACAGAAUUUACCUGAUAGCUACGGUCACAUUGAGCCUGACAUGAAACCUUUCUGGCACCUUGCCAUUGUGGCCUCCAGCUUUAUCAUGCUGAAAGAAUCCACAGAAAACACUCUGUACAACCUGGCUCAGGUGGCCAGCAUCAAACAGCUGGCAACUGAGAACGAGCAGCUGAAGUUUGAAUGUCACGUACUGCUGCACGAGAUGGUGUCUCAGGAAAUCCCUCAGUGGAAGCUGCAGUUCACCUGGUCUUCUGCAGGGGGCGUCAACGUGCUGGAGAAGGAGCAACUGCCUCACUGCCACAGUUGUGAAAAAGCUCAAAACUCAAGCUAAAACUGUUGUCAUUCACUACACUGCCUUAACUACAUCUCAUACUCAAAUAUUGCAUCUUCAUGUCUUUAAGAUGAUGCCACAAAAACUAAAUCAAGUGUGCUGUUGAUUCAUGCAGCACAAAAACCUUCAAAAGCUGCAGUUCAUACUCAAUAAAUUUUUACAUUAACA